GAGUUGUCCCUCGCUCAAAACCAAAAUGUCCUCACCUUCAUCGUGUUAACGAGCAAGGAAGUCACACUAGAAAUUACAAUGCUCGCUCUUAGACAAUGUCAUCUUAAAACCUCAGCAGACCGUAUUAGGGUAAAAUGUAGCAAGCCAAAGUCUUCAUCGACUUGGUCUAGCUUUAACGUUCGUUCAACUUUCUUGAAAUUUUUUAAAAGUCAUGACCAUGUAUUUGUACCUUCGUCCUCGGUAAUUCCAAGUAAAGGAGAUGGCACAUAUUUCACAAAUGCUGGUAUGAACCAGUUUAAACCAAUCCUCCUAGGAAGUGUGGACCCACAAUCUGAAAUGGCAAACUAUAGGCGAGUUGUGAACAGUCAGAAGUGCAUUCGUGUUGGAGGCAAACACAAUGACUUUGAUGAUGUCGGCAAAGAUCUGACACAUCACACAUUUUUUGAGAUGCUUGGAAACUGGUCUUUUGGUGAUUACUUCAAAGAACAAGCUUGCCAGAUGGCAUUUACUCUGUUGACGACAGUUUAUCAGUUGCCUCAAGACCGUUUAUAUUUCACCUACUUUGGAGGGAACUCAGAACUGAAUUUAUCACCAGACACAGAGUGCAGAGAUAUUUGGAGAUCACUCGGAAUUGCCGAAGACCGAAUUCUUCCAUUUGGGAUGAAGGAGAACUUUUGGGAUAUGGGAGAUACAGGCCCUUGUGGACCAUGUACAGAAAUCCACUAUGACCACAAUGGAUCUAUACUUAGAGAUAAGCUGGUCAAUACAGGGUCACCAGAUAUUGUUGAAAUCUGGAACUUGGUGUUUAUGCAUUACAAGAGAUAUCCUGAUGGAUCACUUACAUCAUUGCCAAGUCAGCAUGUAGACACAGGCAUGGGUCUGGAACGCAUGGUGGCAGUAUUAAAUGGCUCUCAUUCAAACUAUAAUACUGAUCUCUUCAAGCCACUGUUUGAAGUUAUUCAAAAGGCAUCAGGAGUACCAGCAUAUUUAGGAAGGGUGGGUGCUGAGGAUACAAAUGGUCUGGAUACUGCUUACAGGAUACUGGCUGACCAUGCUCGAAUGUUCACCGUUGCCAUUUCUGACGGUCUUGUGCCUAGCAACAGUGGACUAUCGCAUAAACUUCAGCAGAUUCUGUAUCGAUGCAUCCGACAGUGUCAAACAAUUUUCAAUACAGACCCUCGCCUGCUUUGUAUUCUUGUAGAUCAUGUUGCCCAGUCCCUGGGAGAGGCGUUUCCAGAAAUUUGUGAGCGAAAAGAAAUGGUAAAAGCUGUAGUUGCUAUGGCAAUAGAAAAUUAUCUUCAACUGAAGCAAGAUUCAAGGAAGAGUUUCCAGAAAAUGCUGAAACAGUUGAACAGUAAACACGUAACAGGUGACAUGAUGUGGGAGUUGUAUGAAGGUCGAUAUGGCUGUAGUGUGCCACAUGCCCUGCUACUGGAAUUGGCAGAGGAGUUUGGAGUUAGUAUGGACCUUCCUGGCUUUGAACAACGUCUGCAGCAAGAGAAGGACAGCAAGAACAACACACCAAUCUCUGCAAAGAAAGUCUUCAGUCAUCAGUGUUUUGAAUAUCUGCAUCAAAGUGGAAUCGCUCUUACUGAUGAUUCAUUUAAAUACACCUAUUCAGCAUCUGAAACUGGUUAUGAUUUCCCUGCCAAAGGCUUGAGUUGUAAGGUGGUUGGUAUGUUCCACAAUGAUGACAUCAUACCUGCUACACAAGAGGGGAUGGAAGCUUGUAUCAUCCUAGACAAAACAUGCUUCUAUGCUGAGGCAGGUGGGCAAGCAGCUGAUACUGGGAUUUUGUUGACUGAUAGUGGUGAGUUUGAAGUCAAGGACGUGCAAGAGUAUCAUGACUAUGUCUUACACUUUGGGAAGCAACAGAGAGGUCACUUUGUUGUAGGAGAUAAUGUUCAGCCAAUCUUAAGCCAGGCUGAUCGCUUGGAGUGUAUGAAAAAACACACAGCCACUCACCUUCUGCAGUCUGCCCUGCGAAAACACUUAGGUCCUCUAGCAGUGCAGAAAGGGUCCAACAUUCAACCUCAUCGACUUACUUUUGAUUUUCUUUGCUUGGAAGAUUUAGCCUCUGAGAAAGUGAUGCAGAUUGAGAACUCUGUUGUAAAGGAGAUCAGAGCAGGUCACCCUGUCAGCAGAACAUCAAUGUCACUGCAAGAAGCCCUGUCCAGAGGUGACAUUGUGACCAUUCCAUGUGAGAAGUAUCCAUCAAAAGUUACUCUUGUCCAAAUUGGUGAUUGUGAGAUGGCAGUGUCAAGAGAGCUGUGUAGAGGAACGCAUGUGCUCAAUACAAGGGACAUUGAGGAUUUUUGUAUUACACGAGUGACUAAAGUGUCAAGAGGCAUCAAGCGUAUAUAUGCUGUUACAGGAAUGCAAGCCUCAGAGGCACAUCAUGCUGGGGAGCAACUGAUGAAACUUUGUGCAGAGCUGGAGGCAGCAGUUAAGACACGGUGUCAAAGUGUCAACAAAAUACAAGAAUUCACAGCCCGCAUUCAUCAAGCACAUCUAGCAGGGAAGCCAGUGACAAAACUUCGUGAAGAGCUGAUGGCAGCAAUUAAGACACAGUCCCAAGGUGCUGCAAGAAUGCAAGAGUUGUCUACCUGCAUCCACCAGAUGACUCAGAGGGAACUGACCCCAUAUGUGGCUCGUGAACAUGUUAUGUUUGUGGUUAAACCACUGGAUACAUAUGUAACUGAAGCAGCUAACUUCCAGAAGCUGAUUAAACUGCGAACAAUGGUGGAAGAUUUGCUUCUGACUGACAGAGAGUCAAAUUUUGUCCUCCAGAGCAUGAAGUUUGAAGGAAAACAGAUACUAAAAGCUCUUUCGAUGUUGGAAACUGAUCGACCUUUGGUGCUGAUAUCUCCUGACAAGACAGAAUCAGCUGUCACCUUUGUUUGGCCAAAGGACCACUUUCCUGUCAUUACUGAAGCUGAGCUGAAGUAUAUUUUAGGCAAUGAACAUUCAGUCCAAAUCAAAUCUUCUGUAAACAAAGCUGGUCACAGUGUUGUCUUAGCUAUUGUAAAAGGCAAAGAUUUGGGAGAAAGACUUGUAAAAAAGGUUAAAAACAUAAUGUCUUUCAAGACAAGAUAAUACGUCGUGCCUAGGUCCUUCUAGAAUGUACAUGUCUGCAGCUGUAAACAGUCAAUGGAAGGUGUGAUUGUGCUUCAAAUGAAAAGAGCAGGUGGAGUUUUCCUGCAGAAGACAAGGUGCAGGUUAUAACUACAGCCAAAUGAAGAUGAAGUAGCUAAAAGCAUAUAUUUAUAAUUUUUAGCGAUCUCUUUUCUGAAAGUUACAUGAGGGCAUUGAAUGAAAACAAGUUCAUGUAAAUCUCUUUCAUACAGGUUAGAUUGAACAAAAGUGAGAGGAAAAUAACUCUUCUGACUGUUCAUUUUAUUUCAAACAUGCUGAAUAUAACAUAGCGGGUAAUGGUUGAUAAGUGGGUUAUGAACAUUAUCUAAUACUUAAGAAAAACAAGCUGUGUUACAAACAUUUGUGUGGAGUAUGUUUUGGGAAGGAACACAGUUACGAUUGGAUUCUAUAUGCCUAUGUGUAAAGUUGUAAAAAUUAAUAAACUGUUGUUACAAAGAUAGGUCUGUUGCACAAUUUCUAAAUCUUUUAAGAAAAUCAUGCAUGUAAUUUCUUAAUUGUGAAAGUCUUGAGACCACUUGAUCUAAGUGCACAAUUUAUUUCUGAAAACAAGAUGAUUUUAUCAAAUGUUGUGAUAAGGUUUUAUAUCCCAAUUAGAACCUCCAAAAAUAAACAGAGAAUUUCAAACAUAAUUUAAAGUGAAUAUAGUUACUCAUUAUAACCAAAUAUGAUGGUCUAAAAUGGAAACAUUUUCCAACACAUAACAUCUCCAACAUGUGCAUAAAGUCUGGUUAAAUCUAAAGAUUAUCUCUAAUUUGCAUGUAUGCAUUCCCAUGCACCUACGAAUGUGAAUCCCUUUAAAUGGUGCUCCCAGAAAAUGUUGAACUUGGGCAUUCUUAAGUUGGUGUUUCUUGUGUUUACAGCUAUCAUACAAAAAUAAUAAAAGUAAUCUUCUUAAAUAUACAACAGGACUUUAGUACAAAUCAUUGUGUCAAUACAGUUUAAAAUGUGCAAUUAAAAAAUCUGUACACACUGAAAUGACCUGAAGGUAAGAUUGCAAAAUCAUAAAGUGAUAUUUUUAAAACUGGUCAAAUACUUAGUUUUGAUUUAGUACAUAGAAUGGGUAUUGAUGAGGGUAUGAGAAUUUUUAUAUAAAUUGCUAAAUGCCUAUUUUGAGUGACUUCAACACUGCUGCUUUACGUCUACUUCAAAUCUGACUAAAACAUAAUAUUCUGUAAUAUAUAUAUAUUCCUGCCACAAUAGUUUGUAUGUAUCCAGGAUGCAUAUAUCCACACAGCUAUCCUAUGUAACAUUACAUCAGAAAAUUACAAACUAGCCUUUCAUUACUUGCUAAAAAUGUAUCAGUCACUUUCCCCAACAGUAAGACUGGUCUGUGCUCGGAGCUAUAUUCUGUCUUAACCUAAAUCCUUCAGGUGGCUAGCAAGCGUAAUAAAGAGGUUCCAACAACCUAC